AUGGCCGGGGACAAAACCUUCAUCGGGUCCAUAGACAACGGGACGACCAGUUCCCGCUUCCUGAUCUUCGACCCUGCGGGCAACCCAAUCGCGCAGCAUCAGAUUGAGUUUAAACAAUACUAUCCACAUUCAGGAUGGCACGAACACGACCCUCUCGAGCUCGUCUCCUCGGUGUCGGAAUGCAUCGACAAAGCGGUCGAAGAGUUCGAGUCCCAGGGCCACUCGAUCUCGGAGAUCAAAGCGGUGGGGAUCACGAACCAGCGCGAGACGACGUGCGUGUGGGACACCAAGACGGGCGAGCCGCUGUACAACUCGAUCGUGUGGACCGACACGCGCACGUCGAGCAUCGUGCACCACCUCAAGACGCGCGACGGCGCCGACGGCCUGACGGAGCUCUGCGGCCUCCCGCUGUCCACAUACCCGUCCUGCACGAAACUGCUGUGGCUGUUGCGCAACGUGGACAAGGUCAAACAGGCGUACGACGCGGGGACCCUCGCCUUCGGCACCGUCGACAGUUGGCUGGUGUACAAGCUGAACGGCGGGCCUAAAGGCAACGUCUUCGUGACCGACCCGACCAACGCGUCCCGCACCAUGUUCAUGAACAUCCACAACCUGUCGUACGACGACAAGCUGAUCUCGUUCUUCGAACUCGACGUGAAGACGCCGAAGCUCAACCUCCCGAAGAUCGUCCCGUCGAGCCACGACUCGGCGUACGGCAAGCUGGCCAGCACGAAGUUGCAGGGCGUGCGCAUCACAGGGUGUCUGGGCGACCAGUCGGCGGCGCUGGUCGGGCAGUGCGGCUUCACGCCGGGACGGGCCAAAAACACCUACGGCACCGGCUGCUUCCUGCUGUACAACGUGGGCGAAAAGCCCGUCAUCAGCAAGCACGGCUUGCUCGCCACCGUGGCCUUCGACUUCUCCCCGCAGGGCAUCAAGCCCGUCUAUGCCCUCGAGGGCUCCAUUGCCGUGGCCGGCUCGAGCGUCAAGUUCCUCAUGAACAACUUGGGCUUCUUCCGGGAUUCCGCCAAGGUCAGUGAGUUGGCCAGGACCGUCAAGGACAAUGGUGGUGUGGUGUUCGUGACGGCUUUCAGUGGCCUUUUUGCUCCGUAUUGGUAUGACGAUGUCAAGGGCACGUUGUGGGGCGUCACCGCGUAUACUGAGAAAGGUCACAUUGCGCGGGCGACCCUCGAGGCCACGUGUUUUCAGACAAAGGCGAUUCUCGACGCGAUGGAGAAGGACGCCGGUGUGAAACUCGAGGAGCUGGCUGUCGAUGGCGGCAUGAGUAACAGUGAUUUAUGCAUGCAGACGCAAUCCGACCUGAUCCAAAUCCCCGUGGACCGGCCGAAGAUGCGGGAGACCACCGCACUGGGCGCCGCCAUUGCCGCAGGGUUCGCCGUCGGCGUGUGGAAGUCAUUCGACGAACUGAAGGAGAUCAACUCCGAGGGCCGCUUCUUCUUCAAGCCCAAGAUCUCCCAGAAGGCCAGUGAUCGCAUGUAUCGGAAGUGGACCAAGGCUGUCGAGAUGAGUCGCGGCUGGCAGGACGACGAGGACGACGACGAGGCCGAGCGCGAUCGUCAAGAGCACAGUGAGUUGGAGCAGACUGUUACUAAGGAGUGA